AUGUCAAAAUGUGUGCACACGAAGGAAAAGAAGCAUCAUGCACAAUCCGAUAUUUCUUUUGGAGUUGGUGUGAUUAGUCGCUACAUGCACAAUCCAAAGAAGCACCAUAUGGAGGCUGCUCGACGAAUGCUAAGAUAUGUGAAAAGUACAAUUGGUUAUGGUCUUCUGUUUAAAAGAAGUGAAGAACACAAGUUGCUUGGAGAUGGAGCAGUUUCUUGGUACAGCAAAAGGCAGCCAACAGUGUCGCUGUCAACAACAAGACCUGAGUAUCGGGCAGCAGCAGUUGCUGCUCAAGAAAGUACAUGGCUUAUGUUGUUAAUGAAAGAUUUAAAGCAACCAGUUGGCUAUACAGUUUCCUUGUUCUGUGACAAUCAGUUUAGCUGA